AACUAGGUUGGAAUCCUGGUGCCCACCCGCUGGUCUGUGGCAUGUGCCCAUCCAUGAAGUAAUGAGGGGCCAAGGAGGGGACCCUGACGAGAGAUGAAAAACCAGAGGCCAAGGUGGCCACCCUGUCUGCUCACCUCAGAAGCUGCCUCCAGGAAGUUCUUCAGGUGCUUCCUGGGACCAGUCAGGAACCAGAUCUGCAGGGAGCAGCUCUGGCAGGCCCCUUGAUGAGACGCCCAGCAUAUGGCACCGUUCAGGGAACACAGACUUUGUGUCUAGGGGUCUGGGUGCCUUUCUGGGGCUGCCCUGGCUGUGUGACCUUGGCAGGUUGCUUAACCUUUCUGUUUCUUUUUUGAGAUGGAGUAUCACUCUGUCACCCAGGCUGGAGUGCAGUGGCGUUGAUCUCGGCUCACUGCAACCUCUACCUGCUGGGUUGAAGCGAUUCUCCCGCCUCAGCCUCCCGAGUAGCUGGGACUGCAGGCGCCCACCACCACACUUGGCUAAUUUUUGUAUUUUUAGUAGAGAUGGGGUUUCACCGUGUUGGCCAGGGUGGUCUCAAACUCCUGACCUCAGGUGAUCUGCCUGCCUCGGCCUCCCAAAGUGGUGGGAUUACAGGCGUGAGCCACUGUGCCUGGCCAUGCUUCACCUUUCCGAAUCUCAGUAAAAGGGAGAUAAUACUAAGGACUGCCUGGCGGGCAUUGUGAGGAUUCAGAGAGAAUCCAGAGUUUGUCCUCAGCACAGGGCCCGGUGGGCUGGUGUGGGGGCCAGUGGCUGUCCUGGGUAAGCUCUGUGAUCAUUGCAGGUCCUCCCUGGCAGGUGAGACCCACUCUGCUGGUCAGUGUGGCUGACAAGAGGAGGCUCUCGGGGAGCGCUCUUUGUCCCUUUGCUGUGGCCUCAGCCAGGGCUUCUGAGAACGUGGACAGGACGCUCUGUGUUCCGAAUCCCCUUGGCCAGGGUCCCCGACAAGGACUGGCAGACUGUGGAGCCGUGGAGACUCCGAAAGGCUCGUUCAGUCUCUGUGCUGAGGCCUGUGCCAGGCUUUGAAAUGAAGGCCCUGUGCUCUGGUUUGCAAGUCCUGUGGUUGGUCUCUUGCCAACGGGUUGUGGGGGGGGGGGCUGCUGCUCUGGGUGCCCCAAGGACCCCAGUGGACCCUGCUGUCGGGUCGUUUUGACUUGGCCCCACCUGAUGGGGCUGGGGUCAAAGGUUGAGAACAGUUGCUUUCUCUUGUUUCUGAGUCAGAAAAUCACACUUUUACUGGUUAUCAAACAAGUCAGAGGACAAGGGAUUGCGAUGCUGUAGAGGCUUUCAGAGUAACUGAAUGCUUAUGAAGGGCUCACUUAGCAAAGUACUCUGGCUAUAGUAAGUCAUUCAGUCUGUACUUAGCUCCUAUUGGGUGGGGGUCCAUGAGGACCUGGAGCACCGAGAGGUUAAGGGACUUGCCCAGGGUCACACAGGAUGAUGGUCAGGACCCUACACAGGUUGUGCAGCCUGGAGCCUGGAGCAAUAGGGGAGCGGGAGCUCAGACCUGGAUGUUGCGGGGCAGAGGCUUGGAUUAGGAAGCCGUGUCGAGGCCUGGUGUGCCGGAUGCAGCAUCUCAGCCCCUGCUGUCCUCUGUGCCCUGCAGAACCCUUCAGCCCCAGUGGGUGAUGGUGUGUGGACAGGUGAUUGUCCCCCAGGGUGAUGAGCUCAGGGCGGGGCGAGCUGCCCCAGGGGAGUCCCUGGACCCACAAAUUGGGGGAUGGUGCUCCUGGCAGAAACAGCAGCCUGAGUAAAGGGUUGGAGGCUUUGGAGAGCAUGGCCUUGGCAGAGCCCAGUUCGGAAUGAGUGGCACCGAGGGUUGAAAGGCAGGAGAGAGGCGGGCCGGCAAAUGUGGGAACCUGCAGUGCCAGACCAGGGUGGAGUGUGGGCCUGGAAUAGUGGGGGCCCAGGGGAAGCUGUGAUGUGCUUCUGAGUUUUUGGAACAAGAUCCUUGGGCUGUUGCAGGGUGAAACAGAGGAUGGCCAGACCCAGAAUUUUCCAAACCAGCAACCAAAAAGCCAGGUGAAAGGGAACCACGAGUGCUGGAUGGUUCCAGGGGUGCCCACCACUGUUGGCCCGGGAUGGCUGGCCUGGGUGGAUGUGAGUACUUUCCUUGGUCCUGGGGCUGGAGUGAGGCCCGGAACUUGGCCGCUUGUCUCUUGUCUAAGAAGCUUGUAUCACUAGAUCUCUCCCGGUAGAGAUUCUGUCUUCUUCCAGGGAAUCUGGUAAGGUGGGGCCUCUCAGAUCACCGGCCCCCCAGGCUCCCCUCAGGGCUGUUCAUUUAUUCAUGGGAUAAAUCAGCUUUGAGUCCUGUGUGCUUGAGUUCUGGGCUCUGCAGAUACAGCAGGGAACAAAACAGUGUGGCUUCUGUUCAUAGCGAUCCCAGGAUGUGCUCAGGGGACAUAAACAGUAGCCACUUUCAGAGCUUCCCUGGGGAGACAUUCGGGUGUCCUCAGGGUGGGUCUCGUGGCUGUGCAUGUGGGCACCAAAGCCACAGGGAGGGAAGGCUCUUGCUCCCGGCAGUGCAGCAGGGCCGGGCAGAGCGAGGGUGGGGUCCGGUCUCCUGCCUCUGUCUGGGGCCCCUCACACCUCUAAUCCGUCCAGGGCCCAGCUGCCUCUACCUCAUGCCCCCAAGUAGGAGCCCCGAGGACAGGGGCAGCUGCCUCCCUAAGGAUGGCCAGUGGCAUGGGUGGGUCAUGGCCUGGAGCUCUGCCUGGGGACCAGCACCUCCCGAGGCCUCUGCUGCUGCCUCCCAUGUCACCACAUUGUCUUGGUGCAGCUGUGGGCUCCAAGGGGCCAGGUGUGAAAGCCGAGUCUCAACUGAAAAAGCAGCUGCUUCACCCUCUCCCCGUGCUGGGAAGUGUCAGCCUCUCCGGGCUCCUCAGUUGCUUCGGGUUGAGUUUUCCUUCCCUGUUGGCCUGCUGGGGAGCAGCUCUGCAGCGAGGCCACAGAGGUGGCCUGUGCCUACGAUGCGGGUGGGUGGCCCAGGCUCCCCGCAGUGGCUCAGUGGCUGACCAGGUGCGCCCGCUGGCUGCUCUCUGGCAGGCGAGGGGCUUGUGAGCAGGCCGGGGUGCUGGGUCCUGGCCUCUGUGCCGCCUGACUUUUCCUGAAGGCCCCUCCUAGUCAGGAGCCACUGCUGCUUUUGCCCAGGCCUGCCGGGAGGCUCCACCCUGCUUGUGCUGUUGGUAAAGGCGGGCGGCCACCCUUCACCACAGAAGGCACUGGCAGAGGCUGGGGGACUCAGGCGUUCCUGCAGCUCUGACCCUGGGAGUGAUUUGGGUGGGCUUGCCUGGGCCCAUGGACCGGGACAGUGAGGGAAUGGGACCUUGGUAGCACUCAUGAAGCCUCACGGCGGUGCCUUUGGGUUCUAGAUGCCAGUUCUCCCUGUCACUGUUGAAUCCGAGGUCUGGUUUGAUGGGGGUGGGUGGGACACUGGGUGCAGUGUCCUGGCUCAUGAAGGCUGUGCAGGAGCCAGGUAGGGCCGAGCAGAAGAGGGGUGACAGCAGCCCCGUGUACCGAGCAUGCUUGGGGAGCGUGGCAGGGGGCUCUUGUGCUCCUGUGUUGCACCUCACAGUACCCUCUGGGGAGCCGAUUGGGUGGCUGUAAAUAGCCCCACUUGACAGAGGAGGAGCCAGCCACAGCCUUCCUGCCAGCACGUGGAGGAGCCGGGCUCUGAACCCCGACGCUGGUGCCAGGGCCCUGCAGGACGUGCCGCUUCCCACGGGCUUGCUAGGUGCCGCGGCCAGGUGGGACCUCUGCAUUGAUCAGGCUGUGGUCUUCAUCGAAGAUGCUAUUCAGUACCGCUCCAUCAACCACCGGGUGGAUGCCAGCUCGAUGUGGCUUUACCGACGGUAUUACUCGAACGUAUGCCAACGGACUUUGAGCUUCACCAUCUUCUUGAUCCUGUUUUUGGCUUUUAUCGAGACCCCAUCCUCACUCACCAGCACGGCGGACGUGCGCUACCGCGCUGCCCCCUGGGAGCCGCCCUGCGGCCUGACCGAGAGUGUGGAGGUGCUCUGCCUGCUGGUCUUUGCGGCCGACCUCUCUGUGAAGGGUUACCUGUUUGGGUGGGCCCAUUUCCAGAAAAACCUUUGGCUGCUGGGCUACCUCGUGGUGCUGGUGGUGUCUCUGGUGGACUGGACCGUGUCCCUGAGUCUCGUGUGUCAUGAGCCCCUGCGGAUCCGCCGGCUUCUCCGUCCUUUCUUCCUGCUGCAGAACUCCUCUAUGAUGAAGAAGACCUUGAAAUGCAUCCGCUGGUCGCUGCCGGAAAUGGCCAGCUGCUGCAGACUCCUGGGCGCUCCUGUCACCGAGCCCUGCAGGCAGGUCAGGUGUCCCUGCCUGCCCGUCGCCUGGCCCAGGCUGAGUGCCGUGCUCUCCCCCAGCGUCGGGCUGCUGCUGGCCAUCCACCUGUGCCUCUUCACCAUGUUCGGAAUGCUGCUGUUCGCCGGUGGGAAGCAGGAUGAUGGGCAGGACAGGGAGAGGCUGACCUACUUCCAGAACCUGCCUGAGUCUCUGACUUCCCUCCUGGUGCUGCUGACCACGGCCAACAACCCCGAUGUGAUGAUUCCUGCGUAUUCCAAGAACCGGGCCUAUGCCAUCUUCUUCAUAGUCUUCACUGUGAUAGGAAGCCUGUUUCUGAUGAACCUGCUGACAGCCAUCAUCUACAGUCAGUUCCGGGGCUACCUGAUGAAAUCUCUCCAGACCUCGCUGUUUCGGAGGCGGCUGGGAACCCGGGCUGCCUUUGAAGUCCUAUCCUCCAUGGUGGGGGAGGGAGGAGCCUUCCCUCAGGCAGUUGGGGUGAAGCCCCAGAACUUGCUGCAGGUGCUUCGGAAGGUCCAGCUGGACAGCUCCCACAAACAGGCCAUGAUGGAGAAGGUGCGUUCCUACGGCAGUGUUCUGCUCUCAGCUGAGGAGUUUCAGAAGCUCUUCAACGAGCUUGACAGAAGUGUGGUUAAAGAGCACCCGCCGAGGCCCGGGUACCAGUCUCCGUUUCUGCAGAGCGCCCAGUUCCUCUUUGGCCACUACUACUUUGACUACCUGGGGAACCUCAUCGCCCUGGCAAACCUGGUGACCAUUUGCGUGUUCCUGGUGCUGGAUGCAGAUGUGCUGCCUGCUGAGCGUGAUGACUUCAUCCUGGGGAUUCUCAACUGCGUCUUCAUUGUGUACUACCUGUUGGAGAUGCUGCUCAAGGUCUUUGCCCUGGGCCUGCGAGGGUACCUGUCCUACCCCAGCAACGUGUUUGACGGGCUCCUCACCAUUGUCCUGCUGGUUUUGGAGAUCUCAACUCUGGCUGUGUACCGAUUGCCACACCCAGGCUGGAGGCCGGAGAUGCUGGGCCUGCUGUCGCUGUGGGACAUGACCCGCAUGCUGAACAUGCUCAUCGUGUUCCGCUUCCUGCGUAUCAUCCCCAGCAUGAAGCCGAUGGCCGUGGUGGCCAGUACCGUCCUGGGCCUGGUGCAGAACAUGCGUGCGUUUGGCGGGAUCCUGGUGGUGGUCUACUACGUAUUUGCCAUCAUUGGGAUCAACUUGUUUAGAGGCGUCAUUGUGGCUCCUCCUGGAAACAGCAGCCUGGCCCCUGCCAAUGGCUCGGCGCCCUGUGGGAGCUUCGAGCAGCUGGAGUACUGGGCCAACAACUUCGAUGACUUUGCGGCUGCCCUGGUCACUCUGUGGAACUUGAUGGUGGUGAACAACUGGCAGGUGUUUCUGGAUGCGUAUCGGCGCUACUCGGGCCCGUGGUCCAAGAUCUAUUUUGUAUUGUGGUGGCUGGUGUCGUCUGUCAUCUGGGUCAACCUGUUUCUGGCCCUGAUUCUGGAGAACUUCCUUCACAAGUGGGACCCCCGCAGCCACCUGCAGCCACUUGCUGGGACCCCAGAGGCCACCUACCAGAUGACUGUGGAGCUCCUGUUCAGGGAUAUUCUGGAGGAGCCCGGGGAGGAUGAGCUCACAGAGAGGCUGAGCCAGCACCCGCACCUGUGGCUGUGCAGGUGACGUCCGGGCUGCCGUCCCAGCGGGGGCGGCAGGAGAGAGAGCCUGGCCUACACAGGUGCCCGUCAUGGAAGAGGCAGCCAUGCUGUGGCCAGCCAGGCAGGAAGAGACCUUUCCUCUGACGGACCACUAAGCUGGGGACAGGAACCAAGUCCUUUGUGUGUGGCCCAACAACCAUCUACAGAACAGCUGCUGGUGCUUCAGGGAGGCGCUGUGCCCUCCGCUUUCUUUUAUAGCUGCUUCAGUGAGAAUUCCCUCGUCGGCUCCACAGGGACCUUUCAGACAAAAAUGCAAGAAGCAGCGGCCUCCCCUGUCCCCUGCAGCUUCUGUGGUGCCUUUGCUGCCGGCGGCCCUUGGGUACCACAGGCCUGACCAGGGCCUCCACAGGUUAACCGUCAGACUUCCGGGGCAUUCAGGUGGGGAUGCUGGUGGUUUGACAUGGAGAGAACCUUGACUGUGUUUUAUUAUUUCAUGGCUUGUAUGAGUGUGACUGGGUGUGUUUCUUUAGGGGUCUGAUCGCCAGUUAUUUUCAUCAAUAAGUCUUGCAAAGAAUGGGAUUGACAUUCCUCACUUCAGCACAGUUCUAGUCCUGCUUCUCUGGAGUAGGGUUGUUGAAUAAGGUUGCUUGGGUUGUGCAUUGCACAAGGGCACAUGGCUGUGAGAUGUAUCCUGGCGGGGGGCUGUCUACCUGCAGUGAGGGGCACCUUUUCUGUUUUGCUCAAAGGCAUGUAUAAGCCAAUGGGUGACCUUAUUUUCUGUGUCCUCAGGUGUGUGGCAGGGGGCCUGGGGUGGGGAGGUGGGGCAAGCGAGCAGUGUGUGGAAAGCCUUGUUGUCACCUGAAGCACGCCAGGUCCAGAUUGACCAAUGGUUUUCUCACUUCAGGUGCCAACCCACGCCCCCUUUCUGCUGAGGUUUGGGUGCCAUCUAGUGGUGGGAUGGGACUUGGUUGACUACAUUUAAGGCUAGGUGGACCCAGCAACUCCAGAAACAACUCCGGGGACACCACUCCCCAUCACACUCCACACCGAGCUCAGCGGGACCAGGAAGGGAUGGGCCCUGCCAGGGUUGCCCCUGCACUGUGCAUUCUCGCCUGGGAGGCACAAGUUCUUUCAUCUGCUUUUCCUUCAGAGGUGCUGAGCCCACGCCAUAGCCCCUGUGGGAUGGUGGGGGAGGGGGCGACCCGAACAACAGUGCAGUCGGUAUCGAGAUUGGGGAGCGGAGCGAGUCCAAGGAGAAGGUCAUGAGUUUCUUUUUACUCGUGUCGAAUAAUAACGAUAAUAAUAUGGAAACCACCGCAAACUUGGAGAAAAGUUGUAAGUACAGUAAAGAGAAGCUUCCUUCUGA